AUGAGGGUGGUGGAGGCGCGCAGGAGGAUGGUGGAGGCGGUGGACGCACAGGAGAAUGGUGGAGGCGGCGGAGGCGAGAGGUCCGAGGAUGAUGGAGGGCGCAGGAGGAUGGUGGAGACGGUGGAGGAGGCGAGAGGCUUGAGGGUGGUGGAGGAUGGUGGAGGCGGCACAUAUGAGAGAGAGAGAGAGAGAAGAAAGCAGCAGAGGGGAAUCUCCGCCUCCAUUUUUUCCCCCGCUAUUUCCAAACCGGCUCCGGAAAUCCUGAUCGGGUCAACCCGAACAAUCACCACACUGGUCGCCCUCGGUCUCACCGCCUCGAAAUUCUUCGCCCACAAACUCUUCAAUUUGGCUGUGCAAUUGAAGGAGCCUAUUGAACCUCUGCUCUGCAGCGUGGGCCCCACCUUCUUUGCGGCGGCUAAGGAGGUGCCCACGGUGUCGCUAAACACGCCGUUCAUGAUGGUAGCAGCGGGGAUGGCAAAGUGGCUGGAUUUGUACAGCGGGGUUUUGAUGGUGCAUGUGCUGCUGAGCUGGUUUCCCAACAUCCCGUGGGACCGCCAGCCGCUCUCUGCAAUUAGGGAUUUGUGCGAUCCCUAUUUGAACCUCUUCAGGAACAUAAUUCCCCCCAUUUUCGACACCUUGGAUGUGAGCCCACUCUUGGCUUUCACGGUUUUGGGAACGCUGGGCUCGAUUCUCAACAGUAGCAGGCAAUCUUAUUGAUGCUUUUGAUUGGAUAUCAAUAGAAACGAAUUGGGGUAAGUUUUGUAGCAGUUUUGAUU